AGUUUUGAAUAUUUUUUUUUUCUUUAAAUUCAUCAAUUUAAAAUUACGAUGAUGAAUUCUUCACAAAUAUUGUAUUCAUUCAUUUUAUUAUUAUUUGCAAUUGUUUUUCAAUUAACCAUUACUGCCGCUGAAGCCGAUUUUCCGAUAUCACCACCACCACAGGAUAGAAAGAAUUGUCAAUGUUUUGCAUCAAAAUGUUAUUGUAUUGGAGCAGUUGGUGAACCGGGUAAUCCCGGUAUUCCAGGUCUUCGUGGUGUUCAAGGUCAACCAGGAACUACAGGACUACCGGGUAUUCCAGGAAAUGUUGGUGAAUUCGGAUUACCAGGUGAUAUUGGUGAUAUAGGACCGAAAGGUAUUCGUGGUGAUAUGGGUAUACGUGGAUUUGAUGGUCAAAUUGGUAUGGCUGGUUUGCCUGGUCUUCCAGGCGAAAUGGGAUCACCAGGUCUUGAUGGUUGUAAUGGAACUGAAGGAAGAAUGGGUCUUCCUGGUCCAACUGGAUGGCCGGGUAGUCCCGGUCAUCCAGGCUAUUUUGGACCAAGAGGUCCGAAGGGUGAACCUGGUGAUGGUGGAUAUAAUUCAUUUGGAACUAAAGGAGAUUCAGGCGAUCCAGGUCGACCUGGAUCUCCCGGCAUUUCUGGUAGAUCUGGUCCGCCUGGUAUUCCUGGUGAUCCUGGAUCACCUGGUAAAAGGGGACAAAAAGGAGAUUCUGGUGAUGUUGGUCCUCCAGGUUUACCUGGACCUGAAAGUCGAGCACCUAAAGGUUUAAAAGGAGAAAAAGGUCCAGUUGGUGAAAUCAUUUAUCUUGCCAUUCAAAAAAAUGAUACUAUCAUACAACCAAGUGCACAAUCAAAAGGUGAUAAAGGCGAAAAAGGUGAAAAAGGAAUGAAAGCAUAUCCUGGUAUUCCAGGCCGAACCGGAAUAACGGGUUCGAAAGGCAUUAAAGGUAUCCAAGGUCAAAAAGGCGAUCGUGGUGAUGAAGGACCAAGAGGUGAACAAGGAAUUCCCGGUCAAACUGGAAUUUUUGGCGAAAAAGGACAAAAAGGAGAACCUGGUCUUGAAGGUUUAGUUGGUUAUAUGGGUGAAAAAGGUGAUCGAGGAGAUCAAGGUAUUCCUGGAAGGCCUGGUCCUCAAGGUGAUCCUGGCCCGAAAGGCAAACUAAUUGAAAUUGGUGUAUCGUUACCUGGUCCACCCGGUAUACAAGGUCCACCCGGUGAAAGUGGAUUUCCUGGACCAUUUGGUCCUCCCGGUCCAAUAGGUUCAUUCGGUUAUCCUGGAAGUCCCGGUGAGCCUGGUCCACCUGGCAAUGAUGGAUUACUUGGAAUGCCAGGACUUAGUCCGAUUGGUGAUAGAGGUGAUGAUGGUUUGCCUGGCAGUCCUGGAUAUCCUGGUCGUGUUGGUUUUCCAGGAAUUCAAGGCAUUAAAGGAAAUAAAGGUGAACAAGGAAUUACCGUAAUUGGUCCACGUGGUGAACCUGGAACACCAGGAUGGUAUGGAUUGCCAGGUUUGCCUGGUAUUCGUGGUGAUACUGGCCAAAUUGGUGAUCCUGGUUACCCUGGCCAAGGUGUACAAAAAAUGGGUCAACCUGGUGAACCAGGAUUGCGUGGUGAACAGGGUGAUAUUGGCGAUGAUGGAUUGAAUGGUUUGCCUGGAAUACCAGGUGUCAAAGGUGAAAAAGGCUGGGACUGCAUCUCAUGCCCACCGGCAAGAAAUGGAGAAAAAGGAGAAGCUGGCGAAUCUGGCCGUGAUGGAUUUCCAGGCGCACCUGGUUUUGAUGGCGAUUCUGGUCCGCCCGGUCCAAAAGGCUUAAACGGAAUUGCGGGAUUGCCAGGAUUGCCUGGUGAAAAAGGUGAUCCUGGUAGUGAAGGAAUUUAUGGUCGAAAAGGACCAAAAGGUGAUCCAGGAGAAGUCAUCUCUCCAGGCGUUGUUACCAUUGGUGAUAUUGGUGAUAAAGGCGAACAAGGUGAACCUGGUACAGCAGGAGCUGAUGGAAAAACUGGUGCUUCUGGUCUUCCUGGUUUGUUUGGUUUGAAAGGCGAUCAGGGAGAUUUUGGUUAUCCUGGAAUUGCUGGACAACCUGGACCCGAUGGAGUUCCUGGUAUACCUGGUACGCCUGGUGAAAAAGGCACAACAGUUUAUGGAUUACCUGGUUUGCCUGGUCUGAUGGGACAAAAAGGACUGAAAGGAAUGAUUGGUGAUUAUGGUUUUAAAGGAAUAAAAGGUGAUUCAUUCUCUGCACCUGAUCCAUUGCAAUUGCUUGCAUUCAAAGGAAAACGAGGCCCACCAGGUCCACAAGGUGACAGAGGUGAUCCAGGAAUUCCCGGAAUACCAGGAAAAGAUGGCACGAAUGGAUUGCCUGGAAUGCCAGGAUUUAAAGGUGAUCCAGGACGAAACGGUAUCGUUCGGCCAGGUCUGAUGGGAUUCAAAGGUUAUCAAGGUUUUGCCGGUGAUCCUGGUUAUCGUGGAAGACAAGGAACACCAGGAUUCCCGGGAAAACCAGGCCUACCAGGAUUUCCUGGUGAAAAAGGUUUGAUGGGAGAUACUGGCGAUGAUGGCAUAAUGGGUGCACCUGGAUUACCUGGAAGACCUGGACCUAAAGGUUUUCCUGGUGAUAUUGGACAAAGAGGAUGGAUAGGAUUGAUUGGAGAAGCUGGAGAUCCUGGAAUUCCAGGACCAAAAGGAGAUGUUGGUCGGCCAGGUCUUCCUGGUUUUAAAGGCGAAAAAGGAUUAAUUGGUAUUUCGAUACCAGGUCGACAAGGUUUACCCGGUAAAACUGGUCGUGAUGGAAUAGAUGGAGAAAAAGGUGAUCCAGGUGAUGAUGGAUUUCCAGGAGCACCAGGAAUGUUUGGUCCUAAAGGCGUCAUCGGUGAUAUAGGAAUAAAAGGUGAAAUUGGUGAAAUCGGUCGACCGGGUAAAGAUGGAUACCGUGGAUUAGACGGUUUGGAAGGAGCACCAGGAUUGCCAGGCUUAAAAGGUGAUCCGAAUUUUGGUUUACCUGGUCCAACUGGUGUUCCCGGUGCACCUGGUUAUUUUGGAGCGAAAGGAAUGGUUGGUGAUGCUGGUGAUCCUGGUUUACCGGGAAUUUUUAUCUCACUUCCCGGUGAAAAAGGCGAAAUUGGUGAUUCAGGAGAUCCUGGUUAUCCUGGACCAAAAGGCAUAUCAGUAUAUGACAAAGGAAUAAAAGGAGAAAUGGGAGAUCCUGCACCUCCCGGAUUACCUGGUAGAAAAGGUGAACAAGGAUAUUCUGGAAUUCCUGGUUAUAAAGGAAUAAAAGGUGAACCUGGACAAGUUUUUCAAGGAAUACCCGGCCUCAAAGGUGAUCGUGGUAAUUUUGGUAGAGCCGGAUUACCAGGUAUGACUGGCCCGAAAGGAAUGAUUGGUGAAUCUGGAGAUCCUGGAAUUAAUGGUCCUAUCGGAGAACCAGGAUCUAUGGGUGAACCUGGUCGAAUGGGGCCACUCGGUACGCCAGGAUUGCCUGGACUUCCUGGAUUUUCGGGUCUUAAAGGUGAAAGCGGUCCGCCUGGUUAUCCAGGAGAAAAAGGAAAUCGUGGAUUACCCGGAAUUCCUGGUUUGAUGGGAAUUGAUGGUGAAAGAGGCGAACCAGGAUUAGAUUCGCAAAUCAAUUAUAAAGGCGAUCAAGGUGAUCCAGGUCCAGUCGGAUUACCAGGAUUAAAAGGAAUGAGUGGUGAUUCCGGUUAUCAAGGUGUACCCGGUUUAAAAGGUUUUAUAGGUGAUCCAGGAUAUCCAGGAUUACCGGGACUUGAUGGUCUUAUUGGAUACAAAGGCAUACAAGGUGAUCGAGGUUUACCUGGAAGAGUUUACAACAUAACUGUUGCUCAGCCAAACAUGCCGGGAGAUCCUGGAUUACCAGGUUUGCCAGGUACGCCUGGUAAACCAGGACCAUUUGAUGUUGGUGAAAAAGGCGAAAGAGGAGUACAAGGAAUGCCUGGAAUGCCUGGAAAACCCGGUAUGAAAGGUCAAAUUGGACCAACUUCAAUGCCAGGAGUUCCAGGUAUCAAGGGUGUGAUCGGGGAUCCAGGAUUACCGGGAAUGAUGGGAAGACAAGGACUUCCUGGACGUGUUGGUUUGCCUGGUAUUCAUGGCUUGAAAGGAAUGAAAGGUUUCAAAGGUGAUCUUGGUAAUAUUGGAUUACCCGGAACUGAAGGACAAGUUGGUUUACGUGGUGAUCCUGGAUUACCAGGAAUACCUGGAAAUCCUGGUUUACAAGGAAUCAAAGGAUUUAAAGGCUAUCCUGGUGAUUUUGAUCGUAACAAAAUUGUAAUCAUAAAAGGAGAAAAAGGUGACUUUGGUGAUCCAGGUCUGCCAGGAUUACGUGGAAGAUCAGGAGCUCCCGGUUUUAAAGGAACUAUUGGUGAUAAAGGAAUGGCUGGAAUGCCAGGACAUCCUGGUUUACCUGGUUUGAAAGGAAUACAAGGCGAUACAGGAUUUAUUGGUUUUAGUGGUAUGCCUGGACCAAAUGGUGAUCCUGGUAUACCUGGUCAAAAAGGUGUCAAAGGUACACGAUUAAAAACAAUGGGUUAUUAUUUUACUCGUCAUAGUCAAAAUAUACAUGAUCCAUCUUGUCCGAAUAAUUCAACACCAAUGUGGACUGGUUAUUCACUUUUAUACAUUAUGGGCAAUGAAAAAGCACAUGGUCAAGAUCUGGGAAGUCCAGGCAGUUGUCUUCGUCGUUUCAGUACAAUGCCAUACAUGUUCUGUACAAUCAAUGAAGUUUGUAAUUUUGCAUCAACCAAUGAUUAUAGUUAUUGGUUAAGUACAGAUGAACCAAUGCCAAUGGAUAUGCGUCCAAUUAAAGAUGAUCGUAUUCGAAAUUAUAUUGGAAGAUGUUCAGUUUGUGAAUCAACUACACAAGUGAUUGCCAUUCAUAGCCAAAAUACUAUUGAACCAUUAUGUCCAGGCGGUUGGCAAAGUCUUUGGACUGGUUAUAGUUUUUUUAUGAAUACAGAUAGUGGUGGUGAAGGUAGCGGUCAAACAUUAUCAUCACCUGGUUCAUGUUUAGAAUAUUUUCGACCAAAUCCAUUUAUUGAAUGUCAUGGACAUGGUAGUUGUAAUUUAUAUAGUACAGCUAAUAGUUAUUGGUUAUCAACAAUCGAUAAUAAUGAUCAAUUUAGGAUACCCGAAUCAGAAACAUUUAAAGCUGGUGAUUUGACAAGAAAAAUUUCUCGUUGUCGUGUUUGUAUGCGUGGUUUAACAAUGUAAUUUUUUUUCUUUCUUUCUUUAUUUCUUUCUUU